AGGACCUUGCUUUUCUGUGUGCAGUCUGUGUGUGUUCACAGGGUUCAUCCAGGCUCUGUCCUUGUUGUGUGUGUGUGUCUGCAUGCAUGUCCAUGCACAUGCCGCUGGGCAUGUCAGCUAAGCAGGCUGGCGUUUGGACAGAGUAGGGUGUUCCUCAAGGUCAGAAAAGGUGAGGGAACAGGAAUGGGGAGAGAUGAGGAGGAGGUGUUAGUUGGCACUCUUACUUAAGGAUAAGCUUAAGCCUAUGAACUGAGCUCCAGUUAAAAAGGGACUAUAUUAGCUCUGGCAGUGAAAGAUCCAAGGGUAGGAUGGGUUUCAGCUGCUGUUCGAUCCAGGGACUGGAAGGAUGUCUUCAGGAUGUGUGUCUCCAUCUUUCAGAGGUAGAGUAGUAUAAUACAACUGAGAUAGCACUUAAUGGCAGUGGUUUUAACCUGUUGUGACAAGUGAUGAAAGCUAGCGCCUCUCCAGAAAAUGCCUAUAUUGGAUGCACACACAUGCUGUCCUUCCCCGUGAAGUGGCAGAAUGUGCUCUUUGUGCCUGGAACUCCCAGGUUUACAGGACUUGCCUCUCACAGGGUCAGAGCUGGAAGGUCUGGCACAUGGAGAACGACAAGCCAAGCCGAGGGGAGUCCGUCUCUCUCAAACCCAGGGCCAAGAGUCUGGAGAAUGCGGGAGCCGUUACUGUGGAAAGCCUGGAGGACGGACGGCUGCCUGACAAGGACUCGAGCCCCACAGAGGCCGGGGACAGCCGGAGUGAGGUGGGGCCGGAGCCCCUCUCCACCUGGAGGAUCCUGCGGCCGGCCCAGAGAGUGAGACGCUUCUGCAGGGAGCACAAGCAGCUGAUUCGACGCAUCUGCAUAGGCCUGCUCUGUACUGGGUACGCUGUCUUCCUGCUGGUUGCCUGCAUCCGGAAUUUCCAGAGGGCCCUGGGGCUGUUCGUGCUCACCUGUGUGGUCCUCGCCUUCUUAGCCUAUGGCUUGCUGAAGAGGCUUCUGGUGCCAAAGCUGACAAAGUGUAAGAAGCCUCAGAGCCACCCCCACCUGGAGCUCUGGGCUAAGAGGGGCCUAGCUCUUGCGGCUCUCCUGUUCCUGGUCCUGUGGCUGUCUCUGGACACCUCCCGGCGGCCUGAGCAGCUGGUGUCCUUCGCAGGAAUGUGUGUGUUCAUCGCUGUUCUCUUUGCCUGCUCGAAGCAUCACUGCGCAGUGUCCUGGCGGGCCGUGUCCUGGGGCCUUGCACUACAGUUUGCCCUUGGACUCUUUGUCAUCAGAACAGAACCCGGAUUUGUUGCAUUCCAGUGGCUGGGAGACCAGAUCCAGAUCUUCCUGAACUAUACCAGGGCCGGCUCCACCUUUGUGUUUGGAGAGAAUCUGGUCGACAGUGUCUUUGCCUUUCAGGUUCUGCCCAUCAUUGUUUUCUUCAGCUGUGUCAUGUCUGUUCUCUACUACUUGGGCCUCAUGCAGUGGGUGAUCCUGAAGAUUGCCUGGCUGAUGCAGGUCACCAUGGGUACCACUGCCACUGAGACCCUGAGUGUGGCUGGAAACAUCUUUGUGAGCCAGACAGAGGCUCCUCUACUGAUCCGGCCGUACUUGGCGGACAUGACACUCUCUGAAAUCCACGUCGUUCUCACCGGAGGCUACUCCACCAUUGCUGGCAGCCUGCUGGGCGUCUAUAUUUCCUUUGGGAUCGAUGCCGCCUCAUUGAUUGCUGCGUCCGUGAUGGCUGCCCCUUGUGCUUUGGCCCUCUCCAAGCUGGUCUACCCGGAGGUGGAGAAGUCCAAGUUUAAGAGUGAGGAAGGAGUGAAACUGACCUAUGGAGAUGCUCAGAACCUCAUAGAAGCAGUCAGCAGUGGAGCCACCAUCUCAGUGAAAGUGGUCACCAACAUUAUUGCCAACCUGAUUGCGUACCUCGCUUUGCUGGCCUUCAUCAACUCUGUCCUCUCCUGGAUGGGAAACAUGGUGGACAUCGACGGGCUCAGCUUCCAGCUCAUCUGCUCCUAUAUCCUGCGGCCUGUGGCCUUCCUGAUGGGCGUCGCCUGGGAGGACUGCCCUGUGGUGGCUGAGCUGCUGGGGAUCAAGCUGUUUGUGAACGAGUUUGUGGCCUAUCAGGAACUGUCCAAUUACAAGCUGCGCCGCCUGGCAGGGGCUGAUGCGUGGGCUGGCACCAGGAAGCAAUGGAUCUCUGUCAGAGCAGAAAUCCUCACGACGUUUGCCCUCUGUGGGUUCGCCAACUUCAGCUCCAUCGGGAUCAUGCUGGGAGGCCUGAGCUCCAUGGUCCCAAAACGGAGGAGCGACAUCUCCCGGAUCGUGCUCCGGGCACUCUUCACGGGCGUCUGCGUGACCCUGGUGAACGCCUGCGUGGCAGGGAUCCUCUACGUGCCCAGGGCGGCCGAGGUCGACUGCACAUCCCUGCUAAACACGACCCUCAGCAGCAGUAGCUUUGAAGUGUACCAGUGCUGCCACGAGUUCUUCCAGAGUGAUGGCCUGGAGUUCGGCCCAGGGGCCCUGAGCAACUGCUGUCAGUUUUACAACAGGACGAUCUGUGCGUAGCGGGGACGGAUGUCCUCUUGCCUUCUGUGGGCUGUUCUUCCCCAGGAAGCACCUGUCCCCAUCUUCCCCUCUCCAGGCCUCUCCUCAGGGAAGUCACAGGGCUUAGAGCCUCAGUCCCACAGUUGGGAAUGAAAGCAGCCACCUUGCUGAA